AUGAUGGAUCCGUAUGUGCUGGUCGCCGUGUGUGACUGGAAUGAGAAGUGGCGUUUGUCGCAGAUAAAAGGGUUGAAUAUCUUGCAGUAUACUCCAAGAUUGCGUGAGGUCCUCGGGGUCGAAAGUGAUGAGGCUUUGGUGGCACGUUUGUGUGGUUCUGCAUCGGUGACGGAGUCAUUGGAGGAAAUGCACACUGUAGAUCUGCCGUCCGUAUUGAUCAACUAUCUAGCAGCAAUGGGGAUGAUGAAUGUGAAGGGGAGUGUGUCGCGGGAACUGCUGUUAGACGAAGCGAGACAUCGACUCCGGGACUACGUCGAGACGACGGCGACGAGAUAUGGUGACGAUCGCAUAGUUGAACAAUGGAGCGCGGAACUUAGCGAGGCCAACGAGAAGUCCCGAGACAAAGUGCUAAAAAGACGGAAAGCCAUGGACUCUCUGGAAAGAACCAUUGAAUGUCCUCCAGCUCUCGCCAAACAAGCACAGCAAUUGUGCGCACUCUCCGAACAGUGCACAAACUACGAAGACCUGGUGUCCAAAAUGGAGGAAAACGCUCUCGAAGACGACGACGAAGAAAUGACCAGAGAACUAUGGCUAAACAUCAUCGAACUUUCCCUCCACUCAGCUGUCUCCGAGAUACCUCUCCUUGACGCCGAAAUUAGCAUAAUACGAGAAAUGAACCGCAACGUUAAUCCCAUCGACAGCAAUCCGGUCGUCAGCAACCCGGUCGUCAGCAAUCCGGUCGGCAAGCAACCGGCAAGAAAACCAUGUAUUAUUAAAAUUAGUGACAAGAGUGAGCUGCAUAGGUUGUACACGCAGCAGGUCUUUCAAGCGCCGUUCGCUCCUCCAACAAUGACCAUAGCGGAGUGUGUGCAAAAAGAAAUCGAGCAAGACGUUCACACGUUGGGUGCUGCGCAGAAGCGAAGCAUGGAGAAGGACUCCGACGAUGAAGACGAAGACGCGAAGGAAAGGAAAGCACGAGAAUGGGAUGACUGGAAAGAUGCGAAUCCUAAGGGCAGUGGCAAUAAAAUGGUGAACAGAGGAUGA